GCUCAAUGAGUAGGGAGAGAACAGGAGGCUGUUGGCUGGGUGCAAGAGAGAGGUGGAAGGAGGCUUGUUGGAGGGUUAGAUGGUAGCAAGAAGUAGAGUAGCAAGUUUCAAAAAGCAGCAAGCUAUAAUUUUCUAAAGACAGUAAUUGAUUGAUUACAGGCACCUGAAAAGUUUGUAUUUUUACUCUUUAAGUCUAGAAGUCUUGUGUAGAUCAAAUUCGGCUGAAUCCUGUCUUUAUCUAUCAUAUAUUUAUCGUUGAAGAAAGUCUCCAACAGUCAAUCUGCUCCUCUGUGCUGCUUUUGGGUAACGUUUUCUACUGCAGUCUGUGAGGGCGUCAGGUGCCACUGAGUCCAUCUUUUCAGCAGGAGCUCACAUUCUCACUUUGGUUCAAACUGGAGCUGCUCUGACUUUUCAUCAUGAAGAACUUGUGUGUAUCUGUAGUUCUGCUGCAGUUCAUCGGGACUUGUUUAUGCCAAUUCCCUCGCCCAUGUGCCAACUCAGAGGGACUAAGGACCAAAGAGUGUUGCCCGGUAUGGGAUGGUGACGGCUCAGCAUGCGGCGCCCUGUCAGGGCGUGGUUUUUGCACUGAAGUGGAGGUCUCAGAUGAGCCCCAUGGGCCCCAGUACCCACACAGUGGAAUUGAUGACAGAGAGCGCUGGCCUUUAGCUUUCUUUAACCGGACGUGUCGCUGUGCUGGUAACUAUGGAGGUUUUAACUGUGGCGAAUGCAGGUUUGGUUACUGGGGUUCAAACUGUGCUGAAUACAGGGAGUCAGUGCGCAGGAACAUCCUGACCUUGUCACCUGCCGAGCAACAGAAGUUUAUCUCUUAUCUGAACCUGGCAAAAAACACCGUCAACCGUGACUAUGUGAUCUCCACAGCGACAAGAGCAGAGAUGGGUGAAAAUGGUGAGAACCCCAUGUUCUCUGACAUCAACACCUAUGACCUGUUUGUCUGGAUGCACUACUAUGUGUCCCGGGAUGCCUUUUUGGGAGGGCCAGGGAACGUAUGGAGAGACAUAGACUUUGCCCACGAAUCUGCAGCAUUCCUGCCGUGGCACCGAGUCUACCUGCUUCACUGGGAGAAUGAGAUAAGGAAGAUGACAGGAGAUUUUAACUUUACCAUUCCAUACUGGGACUGGAGGGAUGCCCAGUCGUGUCAAGUGUGCACAGAUGCUCUGAUGGGCGGACGCAGCCCCCUCAAUUCUAACCUCAUCAGCCCUGCUUCAGUCUUCUCCUCAUGGAAGGUGAUCUGCACCCAGCCAGAGGAGUACAACAACCGAGAGGCAUUGUGUAAUGCCACCGGGGAGGGACCACUCUUGCGCAACCCCGGCAACCAUGAUCCCAACCGCGUGACGAGACUCCCCACAACAGCUGAUGUGGACUUCGCUGUGGGCCUCCCAGAGUACGAGACAGAACCCAUGGACCGAUUCGCCAAUAUGAGCUUUAGAAACGUCAUAGAGGGUUUCGCCAAUCCAUCGACAGGCAUGGCAGUGCAAGGCCAGAGCACCAUGCACAACGCCUUGCAUCUCUUCAUGAACGGCUCCAUGUCCUCAGUGCAGGGCUCAGCCAACGACCCCAUAUUCCUGCUGCACCAUGCUUUCAUUGACAGCAUCUUCGAGCGCUGGCUCAGAGCCCACCAGCCUCUCCGGACCAACUACCCACGUGCCAACGCCCCCAUCGGCCACAAUGACGGUUACUACAUGGUGCCCUUCCUGCCUCUCUACAGAAACGGAGACUACUUCCUGUCCAGCAAGGCUAUGGGAUUUGAGUAUGCCUACCUGUUGGACCCUGGCCAGAGGUUUGUUCAGGAGUUCCUGACGCCCUACCUCCAGCAGGCCCAGGAGAUCUGGCCGUGGCUCCUGGGAGCCGGGAUCCUCGGGGCGCUGAUCGCUGCAAUCAUCGCUGCACUGCUUAUUGUUGCAAGAAGGAAGUGGAAGCGUAACCAGAGGAGGAAGAGGGCGUCGAGCUUCGGAGAGAGACAGCCAUUACUGCACAGCAGCUCAGAGGAAGGUUCAUCUUCAUAUCAGACGACUCUGUAACACACACAGGCACUGUACAAACAGCUUUAUAUUUUCAUGAAACAAAUUAAUGAAUCCUGGAACAAAACCUACAUUUGUAAUUGAAUUCCCAGAAUAAAUCUAUUUAAAUUUCAAAAAGGUAUCUAGCAGAGAGUUCUGUGUUGUCUUUGCCUCUGAGAUAUUCACUGCCAAGACUUUUGCACCUCAAUACACUUGAGGUGGGAAUGGAGAUAGCACUUAAAAAUGUCAGCAACAUGUCUUUACAGAAACACUGUCAAGGGUUUAAAACAACUUUUAAAUACUUUUUUAUUCUUUAGGUUUGCGAGUUUUUCCAAAUGUUUUCCAUAGUUCAAAAUUUUGUGGGUAGUGACAGUAGAUAUCUCAGAAAAAAAAUGCUGUAGUUUCUAAUCAGUAGAAGUGAAUGGGAAAUCUAUUUUGGGAUUUAGGUGAACUGACCCUUUACUGUGUGAGACAAUUUGAAUGGAGAUUAUAGAUAAGGAGCAGGAACGCAACAUCUGGAAGACACACAAAGCCAUCAAGUGUUCAUUAAUACAAUGCAACACGUCAAGAGUACAAAUUAAAAUUUAAAGAUUUAUACAGUACACCUCAGUCUAUUCUUGUAUUUGAACUGUGACGUGCGUCAGGUGAUUAUUUACACAAACUACUCAGCAGUCAACGACAGCAUCUGUGUUUGGAUCAGCAAAAAAUGUAAAGUGAUGUGGCUAUUCUUUCCCCCAUGGCAACUUAUUUUUUACUUUCCUCGCUGCCUUGAAACACAGAUGCAUAUUACAUAAUUUAUUAUUUUAAUGUAUGGCACUCUAACUGUGAUUCUGUUUACAAUAAACAUACUGGACUGACUAUAGCUUGAGAAAAAGUUAAACGUUAAGGAAGAAUUUUUGAUCCUCAAAAUCAAGGCCAGGUCUGUUGCACUGUAGCUUUAGUGACUGCUCAGGUUGCAAGAUCAUAUUUUUUGCCUUCUCAUACUGAAUAAAUCAGUGUCAGAACUAAAUUAAAGUCCUUUCUCCCAAAUUACCUCUCUCCCUUCAUUAAUUAAAAAUGCACUAUCUAAGAAUUUUUCUUGUGACUGAGAUCCAGUCUACUUUUCUCUAUGUAAUUUGAACAUCAAGACUCCUUAGAAAAAGCUUUCAUGUACCUCUCUUAACGUGUAUACAAAUGUGUGGAAUUUGGGGGGGACACAGGGAACACUUCCCCUCAAAAUUUAGAACAACCCCCAAUAAAAACAUGGCAGUAGCUGAGGACUUUUUAUUUUGACGAAAUUAAAGACAUUUCCACCACAAACUGGUGCAGAAAAGGCAAAAAUUGACGCAUAUAAAAAUUCACCAGAAUGCAGGAAACUAAAUGUUUGAAGCUAAAAUUCCUGGGGGAGGAUGCCUUGUCUGUGUAGAUCAGAAUGGCCGACCAUUCACUGAUUUUAAACAGUUCAUAUAUCAGUGUCUUUCAGUGCGAAACAGUUGUAUAGAAGUAAAAUCACUUACCAAAUCUCCAACACACUCUAUUGUGUGUUAGCACUGGUGCUAAAGGAUGACAGUAUGAUGACUGUGAUGUGUAUCAUGACAACAAAGAUGAAUCAUGAGUUUGUACAUGCUGCAUUAAAAACAAACUAAAUCCCA